GAAAGUUGACUAGAAUGAGGCAUACAGUGGAGACACUCGCACGAUUCGAGAAGGACGUGAAGCGAACCGACAUAGGGUUCCUGGCAAUAGCAACAGAGGCGGAAAACGACAGGGAGAGAACCUCGGAACCUCCAGGAAAGAUCAAGGAAUUAUUGAAGGAGUUUCAAGAUAUUCUUCCGGACGAUCUUCCGAAUGAGCUACCGCCAUACCGAACGCAUCAACACGAGAUCGUGGAGGAACCGGGUUCGAAGCCGACCUUCCGAGCACCAUAUCGGCUCAGCCCUACGGAGCUGACCGACAUGAAAAAACAAAUCGAGUAUCUCCUAGCCAAAGGACUCAUCCGACCAUCCACUUCGCCGUACGGUGCCCCAGUACUCUUCACACCGAAACCGGACGGAAGCCUGCGCAUGUGCAUCAACUACCGAGCUCUGAACAAGCAGACCAUCAAGAAUAAAUAUCGGAUACCGCGAAUCGAUGACCUGCUUGACCAGCUUCGGGGAGCUACGGUAUUUUCCAAACUGGAUCUGCGAUCCGGAUACUGGCAGAUACGCAUGGCGGACAACUCUAUCCACAAAACUGCUUUCCGAACUUGGUAUGGAUCGUACGAGUAUUUGGUAAUGCCGUUCGGCUAUGCUGAGGAGAACUGAAGACCAAACCUCUAAAGGAC